CACAGCCCUCAGGACACACCAUGGGUCCAGAGGCAGGUCUGCCGCACAGCAGCGACGACGCGGGCGGCGGCCCCCGGGACUCUCAACUGCCUCCCUGACCACUGCAGACAUCGCUCAACACCCCCGAGAAGCCAUCGACACCUCCAGCAGGAAAAUCUAGGGGUCGCACAGCCACCUUCACGAUUCCUACAGCUACGUCAACAAGUAUGGCGCGCGAGGGGCGGCGGGCGGAGCCGGCGGGGGCGCCGUGGGGGAUGUACGUCACGCCGCGCGCCCCCCUCCGCGAGGGCAGGCUCCGCUGCGCUGCUCAAGAUGGCGGCGACGGUGACGCGCUCGCGUACGGAACUCCUCCGUCACGCCAGGGCCGGCGGGAAGUGAGGUUCUCGGAGGAACCGCCAGAGGUGUACGGCGACUUCGAGCCCCAGACAGCCCAAGAAGGGUCUCCGGUGGGAAGACGAACCCCGCCAGGAGAGUUUCGGCCCGAUUCUGCAAAAGAGGAAGUAAGAGAAAGCCCCUACUACCUCCGGUCUCGGCAGCGGAGGCGGCCCCGACCUCAAGAAGCCGGAGAGAUGAAGACGCGAAGGGAAGCCCGCCCCGAGCGGUCGCCGAACUCACUGGAGAGUCCGCUCCAGCCGUCCCCGGCGACUACCAGGAGAGGGCUGCGGGACUCUCAGUCCUCUGAAGAAGAUGAAUCAUCUUCUCAAACUGUUACAAACCAAACAGCUUUGAAAACUGUCAGAACACAAGAAGCUCCAGUGACCAGUGAAGAUCCUAUUAGUAGCCUACGUAGACCCCCACUAAGAAGCACAAGACAUGAGUCAACUUACAGAACCCAUGAAAAUACUGAAAUGAGUGAACAAGGAGAAACUGAAGAAGAUGACCAAGAUGGUACUUACAGUGAUGUCACUGCUGGUAAGGUCAGAUCCGGAGAUUCUGUUAAAUCUGGAGUUCAAACCACUAUAUCAUCUGGUCACAGUCCAGAAUCAGUUUGGAGAUUACCACAAAGGCAAGACUCCGCAGCUCAGAAUAAGCAAUCUUCAGUGCUGAGUUCGGGAUAUCAAAAAACCCCUCAGGAAUGGUCCGAACAAAAUGUAAGAAUGAGGGCUAAGAUGCAAACAUCUUCACUAGUCAAGAGUCCAAUAUAUGGCCAUUUUUCGGAUGGUGGCAGCAUCCUGACGUCAGAGUUUGGAAACCAGCCUCCAUCACCCUCCAACAAACAAAUAGCUGAACAGCCCCCAAAUGAAUAUUUUUUCAAGAGGAAAUUGUUUUGGUGCCUAUUAUUUAGUCUGGUAAUUAUUAUACCACUUGUGAAAUUUUUUUUUCCUACUCCUGAGAUAGAAACUACUGCUGUUCAAAUGUUCCAGAACCAGAUGAAACAACUUCGAAAUAAGUACCAGGGUCAAGAUGAGAAGCUGUGGGACAGAAGCCUCACAUUCCUUCAGAAACAUCUUAAUAGCUCCCAUCCUCGGCCUCAGCCUGCCAUCUUGCUGCUCACUGCUGCCCAAGAUGCUGAAGAAGCACUUAAAUGCCUGAGUGAACAAAUUGCUGAUGCCUAUUCCUCCUUUCGUAGUGUCCGUGCCAUCCGGAUUGAUGGGACAAGGAAAGCUGCUCAAGACAGUGAUGUUGUUAAACUGGAGGUAGAUCAGGAAUUGAGCAAUGGUUUCACAAAUGGCCAGAAUGCAGCUGUGGUACACCGCUUUGAAUCACUGCCUGCAGGAUCUACUUUGAUCUUUUAUAAAUAUUGUGACCAUGAAACUGCAGCCUUCAAAGAUGUGGCCCUAGUCUUGACUGUCCUGUUAGAAGAGGAAACCCUUGGAACCAGUCUAGGCCUAAAGGAAAUUGAAGAAAAAGUGCGAGAUUUCCUCAAAGUUAAGUUUACCAACUCCAACACCCCCAAUUCUUAUAAUCAUAUGGACCUCGACAAACUUAAUGGGCUUUGGAGCCGUAUCUCUCACUUAGUCCUGCCUGUACAACCUGAGGAUGCUCUGAAAAGUGGCAUCUGCUUAUAAGGAAUACAAGAAGAAAAAGAUCAUGUCUCAAAUUCUGAGAAAUUUUCAGACUUUUUUCCCCAGAGACAAAAUUCAAAGCACUUUUUGAAUGAACUGGUUUCUUUUUAAAAGAAGUGAAUUUCCUGUGAAAACAUGAAACAUCUAAAUCAUUUGUCAUCCUAAUUAUCUGUGACUUUCAAAAAUAAUUUCUCUUUCUAGUCAAAGCAUUGUUGAGUAGAGGAGUGCAAAUUAUAUGCAUUCCUGUCAAGGAUCUCUUUUUGAUUCCGAUGUGAAUAGUUUAAAGGAUUAGUGUCCUUUUCUAUGAAGGCCUUAUUUUUUAACUUAACCUCGGUGUUUAAGUUUGUUGAGUUAGUAAGGCAGCUCUUUAAUUGUAACCAUGGGUUUUCCCAUUGUAUUUCCUCUUAUAUCAUUUAGGUCUGAGUUCCUUAGCAUCUGCUUAUAGGAACAAAAGUCAAGAAAAGUCAUCUGUAUACAUGUUUAGAUUUUUGUUUAGGAGGGCAAAGAGGAGGAGGAGGAGGGAAGUGAAGAGAAGAGAGGAAUUAUGAAAUGAAUAAAGAAGAAAAUAGAAAAAUAAAAAAAUUCAGGAUGAACUGUUACAGUAAGCCACUAAGAGAGAGGGUAGCGAAACAUCUAAAUCCUUACCUUGGUGAAUUCUAUUGGGAAGCUUAUUUAUUCUAUUGGGAGUUUUGUAUUUUUUCCUCCUCUGAAAAGUUCUUGGUUACUCCAAGAAUUUUUAGUCUGUAAUAUAUUAGAAGACUUAGUUAUAUUUGCUCAUUUGACUCUUAAGGGUAAAUUCAGAGUAGUUUAUUUUGUGCAAAUGAAGUUUUUGUUUUGAAUUAAGAAAUAACAGUUUCAGAAAUUUAUAAGCCAUUUAUUAUCCUUCUAUCCUGAACUAUUGACAGAUUUAAUUUUCUGCUUGUCUGCUUGUUGCAGUCUAAGUCCUUUAAUCACACUGUAAUAAAUAUAAAGAUUUACUAUGCAUGUAAUAAAUUUGAGUGCCUCAAGCCAAAAAAAUAGUGAACUUUACCACAUAUAAAGAAUGUUAAAUGUG